ACGUUUACGCAUGUAGAAAGACGCGUACUUUUAUUUCGACAUGUGUGUAUCUGUUGACUAUAUUGGGUGUCGUUGGCGGAUAAGAUAGCAGCAACAAUGGCAGCUCCCAGUAGAAAGCAAACGUUAAGGUUUCUCAGCCAGUUAGGAGCGUUUAUUUUGACCCGGUUCGGAUUUUGGAACUGCUUCAGCAUGUUGAUGCUGUUUGCUGAACGAGCGGACUCAAAAAGGAAGCCAGACAUCCAUGUACCGUACCUGUACGUGGACAUGGGGGCUGCAGUGCUCUGUGCUAGCUUCAUGUCAUUUGGGGUGAAGAGGAGGUGGUUUGCAAUGGCAGCUGCCAUACAACUGGCCGUCAGCACGUAUGCAUCGUAUGUUGGAGAACAAGUGUACUACGGGGACUGGCUUAAGGUACGGAUGUAUUCCAGGGCGCUGGCCAUUAUUGGAGGCUUUAUGGUUUUGGCCAGUGGCGCGGGGGAGGUGUACAGACAGAAACCUCGCAGCAGAUCGCUGCAGUCUACUGGACAGGUUUUCCUGGGAGUCUACCUCAUCUGCAUGGUGUACUCCCUUCAGCACAGCAAAGAGGACCAACAGGCCUAUCUGAACCACAUCGUGGGAGGAGAAAUCACAUUGAUGCUGCUGGAGGUGCUGUUUGGGUUGCUGGCUCUGGCCUUCCUGUCUGGCUGCUACAUCCGCCUGGCCGCACAGAUCCUGGCCACCGUCCUGCCUCUGGUGAUCCUGCUUAUUGAUGGCAACCUGGGCUACUGGCACCACACUCGCAAGGUGGAGUUCUGGAACCAGAUGAAGCUGAUAGGACAUAACGUGGGUAUCUUCGGCGCUGUGCUGAUCCUGGCUACUGACGGUUGAACCUUUUGGGCGCUCACAGACAACUUUUACAGACCGAGGUGUCUGCGCAGGAUGAGAUUGUCGGCCUGUGCGUCACAGUUGCCGUAGCUCAGUGACCUCUCAGGAUUCAAACACUCCAAGCUGAGACUGUUGGAUCUAAGCAGCGUUGAUUGUCUUUGCCCACCGGUUGGUAUCUUUGCUUUUGCAAGAACAAGCUCUUUUUUCGCAAUUUAAUAAUUUAUUCAGAUUCAUUUUGUCUCUGUUAUCUGAAGUAUGAGUAUUGAUACUGUAUCUACUGGGAAAAUACCGUCUACUCAAAAAUAGUCUUAAAUGUUUAAAAUAAUGUUUUACAGUAUAUGGUUUAAAUAUUUGAGAAAUAAAGGGAAACUUAAAAUUUAAC